AUAACUGGUCUUCUUGAACCACAAUGGCUUCAGUCCUGCUAAGAAUGAGUUCUGCAAUGAACUCAGCAUCUGAUUUUAACUAAACUGAAGGCGUUAAAAACCGUGAGUAAAAAUGAUGGUGGAAAUGAAAAGAAAAUAUGUUCUGCUCUUUUUCAGGUCUGUGACAUGAUUGCUUCUCACAACUACUGGCACUGGUCUCUGUAUUUCAUUGAAAAGGGUCAGUACGAGGAAGCCCUGACUAUAUUUGACAAUCAUGUGAUGCGCCUCUGCAAGGCGUCGGGGUCGAUGCUGGACAUGGUGGACGCCUGCUCCAUGCUCUACCGGCUGGAGAUGGAGGGUGUAAAUGUAAAGGAUCGCUACCGGGAGCUGCUCCAGCAGACCAAGCCUCACACGGAGGACCACGUCCUGCUCUUCAACGACCUCCACUUCCUGAUGACGGCACUGGGAGCCAAGGAGGAGGCGACUUCACGCCGCCUGGUGGAAACUCUGCAGGAGCUGGCAGAAGCCCCGGGGGAGAAUUUGCAGCACCAGUUGGCGCGGGGCCUUGGGGUGCCCAUGUGCCAGGCCAUGGUGGCGUACGACCAGGGGGACUUCGGCAAGGCCGUGGAGCUCCUGCGUCCCCUCCGCUACCGCUUCACAGGCAUAGGGGGCAGCGACGCGCAGAGGGACGUCUUCCAGCAGUUGCUUGUGCAUUCGGCAUUGAAGUCGGAUAAGAAACAGCACCAGAAGUUUGCCAGAUGCCUGCUGGUGGAGCGUGACGCCGCCAGACCCAACUCUCUGCUCACCAACCGGCUGAUCCAGAGAGCCAACGCUCUGCACAUCUGAGGGCUGUUCUCCAUCUACCAACAGAUGGUCUUUCCUUUCGAAAAACAAAUAUAAAUCUUAGCAGUCCCAUAAUCCAUUAUGAAUCUGAAAGGAAUUAAGCCGUAUAUUAUAUUAGCUGCGCAUAUUUCAUAGCUGAAUAUCACGCAAUGAAACAAAUUUAUAGCCUUCAGUUAUGCAUUCGUAACAUUUUUUUUUUUUCUCCAAAUUUCAUCGUUGCAAUCAAUUCAAAAGCAAGGAAUUCAACCCGGCAUUUGAUGGUGGCUGUCCUUUGUGUAUGUAAGGUGCCUUGCUCUUACAUUCAGUGAUGGUCAACCAAUUCAAACCAAGAGGACUGAUGUAGUCACUGUUCAAUGAUCAGCAGAUUCAAACCAAGAGGACUGAUGUAGUCACUGUUCAAUGAUCAACAGAUUCAAACCAAGAGGACUGAUGUAGUCACUGUUCAAUGAUCAGCAGAUUCAAACCAAGAGGACUGAUGUAGUCGCUGUUCAAUGAUCAGCAGAUUCAAACCAAGAGGACUGAUGUAGUCACUGUUCAAUAAUCAACAGAUUCAAACCAAGAGGACUGAUGAAGUCACUGUUCAAUGAUCAGCAGAUUCAAACCAAGAGGACUGAUGUAGUCACUGUUCAAUGAUCAGCAGAUUCAAACCAAGAGGACUGAUGUAGUCACUGUUCAAUGAUCAACAGAUUCAAACCAAGAGGACUGAUGUAGUCACUGUUCAAUGAUCAGCAGAUUCAAACCAAGAGGACUGAUGUAGUCACUGUUCAAUGAUCAGCAGAUUCAAACCAAGAGGACUGACGUAGUCACUGUUCAAUGAUCAACAGAUUCAAACCAAGAGGACUGAUGUAGUCACUGUUCAAUGAUCAGCAGAUUCAAACCAAGAGGACUGACGUAGUCACUGUUCAAUGAUCAACAGAUUCAAACCAAGAGGACUGAUGUAGUCACUGUUCAAUGAUCAGCAGAUUCAAACCAAGAGGACUGAUGUAGUCACUGUUCAAUGAUCAGCAGAUUCAAACCAAGAGGACUGAUGUAGUCACUGUUCAAUGAUCAGCAGAUUCAAACCAAGAGGACUGAUGUAGUCACUGUUCAAUGAUCAGCAGAUUCAAACCAAGAGGACUGACAUAAUCACAAGGUUAUGGCAUAAAUACGAUGCCCGGCCAUCUUGUAUUCACAGCCGUUUAUCACAGCUGUAACCUCGCCUGUUGCUUUGUGAGAGCACAAACCAACAGCCUCACUUGCACGGACACACCGCAGGUACCCAACUGGCCACAGGGGGGCGCUAGUGAGCGGUCUAAAACCAAUGUUGGUGACACACCAACGUCCUGCUGACUGUAGCUCCACCCCCUCUCCGCAGUGCCCCAGCCAAACACACACCACCCUUUUUAUACCGCUAUUUGUUAAAUCGUAUAUAAUUGCAUGUCUAAUCACAUGAGAUUAUGUUAAUGCUUAAGAAAUACAAUGUUGCCAAAGGCGUGCUUUUUAGACCAGCAUUUUAUUAAUAAACACUUACAAACCAUUAAAAAAAAGCAAAAUCAAAAUCAAUUCAGAAUGUUAACACAAAUAUACAGUCAUAAUUUGAUUAUAUGUAACAGCUCCAAUAAAAACAUAUUUCCAAUUUCAA